UUGGAUACGUUGGAUAUGUACAACAACUCAUCCUCACCGUUUUCUGAUGCCGCUGUUUGGUUGUACUCUGUGGUACCUCCUAUCCUGCUACUCAUCGGAAUACCCGGGAAUUUGAUUUCCUUUGUUAUCUGGUCCAGACGUAUCACAUCCACUCUUGGUUCCACGAGUCUUUUCCUCUCAGCCAUGAGUUUGACAGACGCUUACGUUCUUCUUCAUGGCUGUUCACGGCAGUGGUCGAUAGGAUUAUCAAACCGCCAGUUUGAUCUCAGAACAUUCCUUGGUUGUAAAUGCCCACUGUUCCUCUUUACAUUCAGUAGUGACCUAUCAACGUGGAUUAUUGUGCUUUUGUGCAUUGAGCGUGUUAUCUGCACCUGGGAACCGAUCAAGUUUAGACAGAUAUGCCGGCUCAGGAACGGAAGUGUUGCACUAGCACUAACCAUAAUUGUUCUAGCCGGCGUGAAUUUACACUUUUUCUGGACAGUUUUGGUCAUCGAGGACUCUUGUGAUCCGAAAGCCGAAUACAAUGAGUUUGCAAAUUAUUGGCACUAUUUGUGUAUCCCUUUUGGAAUGUGUUCAUCAGUGUGUUUGGAUACGUUGGAUAUGUACAACAACUCAUCCUCACCGUUUUCUGAUGCCGCUGUUUGGUUGUACUCUGUGGUACCUCCUAUCCUGCUACUCAUCGGAAUACCCGGGAAUUUGAUUUCCUUUGUUAUCUGGUCCAGACGUAUCACAUCCACUCUUGGUUCCACGAGUCUUUUCCUCUCAGCCAUGAGUUUGACAGACGCUUACGUUCUUCUUCAUGGCUGUUCACGGCAGUGGUCGAUAGGAUUAUCAAACCGCCAGUUUGAUCUCAGAACAUUCCUUGGUUGUAAAUGCCCACUGUUCCUCUUUACAUUCAGUAGUGACCUAUCAACGUGGAUUAUUGUGCUUUUGUGCAUUGAGCGUGUUAUCUGCACCUGGGAACCGAUCAAGUUUAGACAGAUAUGCCGGCUCAGGAACGGAAGUGUUGCACUAGCACUAACCAUAAUUGUUCUAGCCGGCGUGAAUUUACACUUUUUCUGGACAGUUUUGGUCAUCGAGGACUCUUGUGAUCCGAAAGCCGAAUACAAUGAGUUUGCAAAUUAUUGGCACUACUUAGAUUUUGCAAUCUAUUCUUUCGUUCCCCUUGCACUUAUGUUAAUACUCAAUUCCACAAUCAUAUUACGCAUACAAAUGACACAAAAAUCGAUGAAACGAACAUCUGCAUCCGUGGACAAUUCAGUAACCAUACGGUCCCAGCAUGACGGAAAGCCGUCAACUAACCACUCGCGUGCGACUGCGAGGUCGAUGCGCAUUCUGCGCACUGUGUCCUGCAUGGCUAUCUGCCAUUUCACUUUGACCAUGCCCAUCGUACUUCAUUUUCUAUUCCAAGAUAAAUUUUGCUUGACCUCUUCUGGGGAAUUCCUCUCACAAUGCGACCUCGUUGAAGUUCUAGUCGUUUCCUUGCAGAUGACAAACCACAUGGUUCACUUCUUCAUCUACUCGUUCACAUCAAGUGUAUUUGUGGCUGACUUGAGAAGAAUGCUGGAUGAUGGAUGUUCUGGUUACCGGUGA